AUGAGUGAAAAAGAAUUCCAGCAAGUCGGUGAAUCUACCACCGGUCCAGCCCAACAAAACCCAUACGGUCCAAACCCAGCUGACUUUUUAUCUAAUGUCAAUAAUUUCCAAUUGAUUGACUCCACACUAAGAGAAGGUGAACAAUUCGCCAACGCUUUCUUUUCCACUGAAAAGAAGAUCGAAAUUGCCAAAGCUUUGGAUGAUUUCGGUGUUGAUUAUAUCGAAUUAACUUCCCCAGUGGCUUCCGAACAAUCUAGAAAGGAUUGUGAAGCCAUUUGUAAAUUGGGUUUAAAGGCCAAAAUUUUGACUCAUAUUAGAUGUCAUAUGGAUGACGCCAGAGUCGCCGUGGAAACCGGUGUGGAUGGUGUUGAUGUGGUUAUUGGUACUUCCAAAUUCUUAAGACAAUAUUCUCACGGUAAAGAUAUGAAUUAUAUUGCCAAUAGUGCCGUGGAAGUUAUCAAUUUCGUUAAAUCCAAAGGUAUUGAAAUUAGAUUCUCUUCUGAAGAUUCAUUCAGAAGUGAUUUAGUCGAUCUUCUAAACAUUUAUAAGACUGUCAACAAAAUUGGUGUGAACAGAGUUGGUAUUGCUGACACUGUCGGUUGUGCUAAUCCAAGACAAGUUUAUGAGUUAGUAAGAACUUUAAAGAGUGUUGUUUCUUGCGACAUUGAAUGUCAUUUCCAUAACGAUACUGGUUGUGCCAUUGCUAAUGCCUACACUGCAUUGGAAGGUGGUGCUAGAUUAAUCGAUGUCAGUGUUUUAGGUAUCGGUGAAAGAAACGGUAUUACCCCAUUGGGUGGGCUAAUGGCUAGAAUGAUUGUAGCCGCUCCAGAAUAUGUCAAAUCCAAAUAUAAGUUGAAGAAAAUCAGAGAUAUUGAAAAUUUGGUUGCUGAUGCAGUAGAAGUCAAUAUUCCAUUUAACAAUCCAAUUACUGGGUUCUGUGCCUUCACUCACAAAGCCGGUAUUCAUGCAAAGGCUAUCUUGGCUAAUCCAUCUACAUACGAAAUUCUAGAUCCACAUGAUUUCGGUUUGAAGAGGUAUAUCCAUUUCGCCAAUAGGUUAACAGGUUGGAAUGCAAUCAAAUCGAGAGUAGAUCAAUUGAAUUUGAAUUUAACAGAUGCCCAAAUUAAAGAAAUUACCGCUAAGAUCAAGAAGUUGGGUGAUGUUAGACCACUUAAUAUUGAUGAUGUGGAUUCUAUCAUCAAAGAUUUCCAUAUGGAACUUACCACCCCAAUGUUGAAACCAACAGAAGGUGAAGGUGAAGAGGAACCUCUUGAUAUUACAGGAGAACCUGCUUCCAAGAAGGUCAAGACUAAAUAA